AAAGAGACUUCAUUUCGGAAACAUACAUCGGUAUUUGUAAGCAAAGAAUUGUGUCAAGUAAAGCAACUCUAUUUCUAAUUGGAUGCUUGGAAUAGUGUUAGACUUGGCGAGACGGGAACUGGCAUAUGUGCAUGCGCAGCUGGACGGAUCACGCAAUUGAGCUUAGCACACGUCCUUUGUGGUCGGAAAGACCCGGGCAUGGCCAAUAAUAUGGGUAGACAAUGCUCACUGCUGCUGAUGCUGUGCUGUUGCGGCAUAGCCAAUGUCACCCAACUGGUCUCCAGCUCGGUUGUCAAGAGUAACGGGCCGCACACAGCGGCAGUGGCCACCCGCUCCAAUGCUACUAGCCAAACAGAUGACGAUUCUCUUUUCCAACCAAUGCAACAGCAAGUUCUGGCUAUGGCUCCCCUCCAAGGAGAUUCCUAUCUUGUGGAUUGCUUAGGAAAACUGAAGACACAACAGUCCACCUUUAUGACAUACUUCUUGAAUAAUACCGGAUCAGACAACCCAGUAUCGAAAGUUGAGCUACUUGCAGGCACAGACCAGCAGUCUGUAAGUAAUGAAAUGGCAACUCCCAGGUCAACUAUACUGCAACUCUCCAUUACUCCACGGCAACGCUCCAGCAAUGGCACCGGGCAGUUUUCUUACAACUAUCGCUGUGGAGUACGGCACUCACUGGCGUCAACCGUUGUCUGGUCGGAUGAAUCCUUUGAGUGGAACUCAUACUCGAAUCCAACUCCUGCACAGCGUCUGGCGGAUCAGAAAGCAGUAGAAUUUCUAACAGACACAUCUUCCACUGACGUGUCUCAGGAUUCUCAGACAACAGUUGAAAUGCAAAUUGAUUCCAGAAAGCAAUCGGCUGUCCUGCUUCCUCUGCAAGAACCAAUCAUAAAAGUCAUAAUGGAAAACGAAACGGAUGCCGUCCGCAUGAUCUGUUCUGCACUUCUUACGGCUGGCAGCAUCUUGUCCAAGCCUCUCAUCUCCUGGGGACGCUCAAAGCGAGGCUCUACAGUUACCAGUCAACUUGUGGCCAGCAAAAAAAUCAACAUUUCCGUGGACACCAGUAGUGAUAAUGCGUCGCCGAAUUCCAAGUACGUCCGUUCUGUUCUGAGUAUUCUUCCCGGCCAGUUGGAGACAAGUGACAUGACCUAUGUGUACAGGUGCGGUCUUUUCCAUGUCGAGACAAAUUCCAUCGAGUGGUCAUCUGAUGCAUUCAGCCUGCGCAAGAUUGGUACAUCGCCACCACUUGUUGUCAGUACUGGCAGUAAGAUUUCCUCACCGGUGGAAGGCCACAUCACCGAUGUUGCUCCGCAAAAAGCAACCGAUCUUACCCUGACCAAUUCAAAGGCGGCCCAUCCUCCUGUCGAUGAAAAUGCAAAAGCAGGGAAUUCCCAUGGGAAAAGGUCAAUGGUAGGUGUUGCCCUUGGCGUUAGCUUAACAGUGCUUCUUCUUCUUUGCGCCGUCAUUGCAUUCAUUUACAGAAAGAGACUAAACGCAGGCCGGCCAGCCGUAAAGCGUUUAGACAAAAGCAAACGGUAUGUACUACAUCGACGCGGGCAUGUGCGCGCCAUGUCCCGAGAUGAAAAUUCAGUGAAGCAGUACAGGUCUCCAUCUUCGACAUCAACAUCAACUAUCCAAACAAUGGCGCCGCCUAGCGACACUUCUCCGACCUCCGAAGUGAAGGCUUAUGCGGUUAGUAAUAGCCGUGUUGCCAGCAUUGCCAGCGUCGUUGCUAGCCCGCCUGCCGCUGCCACUGCUGUAAGUGCUGCUGACUCUUAUACUAACUAUGUAGAAAAGCCAUCGAACAGUUCAGAAACUUCCGAUGCCAAUGCCAGCUCUGGCAGAUAUUUAUCCCGCUCCGUAUCACCAAGGUCGCUUAGAUCAUCAGAGGCAGGCGGUAGCGGUCUGGAUAGACAUGUAUCGACUCGCUCCCUUCCGAGUAAGUACACCCGCGUGCAGCGUAGGAAGCUCAUGCCAAAAUCAGAAAGCAUGAUAGCCAAAUCCGGCGUCGAUCUAGAGAACAGCGUGUUGGCUAAGGUCAAGGUUGAUCAGUAUCGGCGAGCCCAUUCCCUUCAAGCGGCCGUCCCAGUUGGUUUCAAGCCUUUGUGAGCUGAUGCGCCCCCAAUCUGGUCGGGAGCAUCUCUCUAGCUAGUAGCUAGCAGGGACUGCACUCUUCGUCCAGUCAGUCAGUGAUGCAAUAUGCCAAUAUAUCCCCCCCCCCCCCUAACUUACAUGCCAUAAGUCAUGUAAACUGCCAGCACUCACACCCAGUUUAUCACCCAACAAUUCUAACAUUCUGAAAGCGGACCAAUUUCAACUGAAUGCUCAUAUCUGCUCAUGCAUCGCGCUUUCGUACCACAUUCCAGCCUGACCACCUGCACCGGCACCACCAGUGUUGCUAUGAGAUCUUAAAUCCACCUUGGCUGUCCACCUUAGUUUGUGUUGAUCACCUCAAUGUUGUCAGAUCGCAGUGUAUCCUUUUCUCUCAUGUACUUUCUCUAUACAUGACGUGGGUCUUUGAACCUUUCCCAGCACAUACCGUAACCAAGCACACC